CUCGUUGGUCCCUGUGUUUCCGUGGCUUUGUACCGCGCAUGCGCAGUGUGCUGUAUUGUGUCUGCUAAAGAUGGCGUUGAGUAAAACAUUCGGUCAAAAGCCGAUAAAAUUUCAGCUGGAAGAAGAUGGCGAUUUUUACAUGAUAGGUUCAGAGGUUGGAAAUUAUCUGCGUAUGUUCAGAGGUUCGCUGUACAAACGGUACCCAUCGUUGUGGCGCAGACUCGCAUCGGUAGAGGAGAGAAAAAAGAUCGCAGCAUCGUCACACGAUCAUGGUUACACAACUUUAGCCACCAGUGUGACUCUGCUGAAGGCGUCUGAGUGUGAAGAGAUCUUCGAGGGCAAUGAUGAGAAGUACAAGGCAGUGUCCAUCAGCACAGAACCUCCAGCCUACCUCAGGGAGCAGAAGGCCAAGAGGAACAGUCAGUGGGUCCCCACGCUCCCCAACAGUUCCCACCACCUGGACGCUGUGCCUUGCUCCACCACGAUCAACCGAAACCGCAUGGGACGCGACAAGAAAAGGACCUUCCCCCUGUGUUUUGAUGACCACGACCCAGCGGUGAUCCAUGAAAAUGCCUCACAGACGGAGGUUCUGGUUCCAAUCCGAUUGGACAUGGAGAUAGACGGCCAGAAGCUCAGAGACGCCUUCACCUGGAAUAUGAAUGAGAAGCUGAUGACGCCAGAGAUGUUUGCAGAGAUACUGUGUGACGAUUUGGACCUGAACCCGCUGACGUUCGUCCCAGCCAUCGCCUCUGCCAUCCGGCAGCAGAUAGAGUCCUACCCUACCGACAGCAUCCUGGACGAACAGACCGAUCAGAGAGUCAUCAUCAAGCUGAACAUCCAUGUGGGAAACAUUUCCCUGGUGGACCAGUUUGAGUGGGACAUGUCUGAGAAGGAGAACUCUCCAGAAACGUUUGCGCUGAAGUUGUGCUCUGAGCUCGGCCUCGGAGGAGAGUUCGUCACCACCAUCGCCUACAGCAUCCGCGGCCAGCUCAGCUGGCAUCAGAGGACGUACGCCUUCAGGUCUGAUUUCAGUGAGAACCCCUUGCCGACGGUAGAGAUCGCCAUUCGGAACACAGGCGAUGCCGAUCAGUGGUGCCCCCUGCUGGAAACGCUGACGGACGCAGAGAUGGAAAAGAAGAUCAGAGAUCAGGACAGAAACACAAGGCGCAUGCGGCGACUUGCCAACACCGCCCCCGCAUGGUAGAGAGGGAACGUUACGAUCCACCACUCGAUAAGCUUAAGGCAUCAGAGCCGCUGGAUCUGCCUGUCAUCACUGGGACAUUUCUGACUUUGUGCUGAGGCAUACUGUGUAUUUGACUUGCUUUUUUUUUUUUUAAAUAAAAUAAACUAUUACUAA